CAUUACGUUAAACCCUCGGCCUCUCGGUCUUCUCUUUCUGGCUUCACCGACCACCACGGACGGCAAAUCCCCGAUCGAUCAAUUUCCUCGGCGGGACACAUUCCUAUGUCUCGCUCGUUGCUAAUCUCACUGUAACCCUCUUUUAGCUCGCCGGAGGUUUUCCGAGAAUAAGCUGAUGUGGCUGAGCCGGGCGGUUCCCGUCCGAUAUUUGAGAUCUUGCCGAAGAGCUCAAAAACCGCCAUGGAUGAAAUAUCCUGUUGUCUUCUACUCAGAUUCCACGGAGAAUAAAGAAAAAGUUGCGCCUAUGCAGGAGACUAGAAUGAGAGAUAGGUUUACGCUGUACGCAAGAGGCGGUGAAGGUGGCAGUGGUUGCUCCAGCGUCCGUCGGAGCCGUACCGAUCGCUACGGAAAACCUGAUGGUGGAAAUGGUGGGAGAGGAGGUGAUGUGAUUUUGGAAUGCACACACGCAGUUUGGGAUUUCAGCGGAUUACAACCUCAUGUUAAAGGUGGUAAAGCUGGACAAGGAACUUCCAAGAACAGGAUUGGAAACAGAGGAGAAGACAAGGUCCUGCAUGUGCCCAUUGGGACGGUGAUUCAUCUUCAAGAGGGUGAGAUUCCAUCUCAGAUUCAAAUUGACUCUCCCAAAGAUUUGGAUCCAUGGGACCUUCCUGGCACUCUGGUGGACGAUCCUGCAUCCGAGCAGAACCCUGAAGAAAUGACGCCAGGUUCUGUUGAAGUGGAACCUGAGAAAGAAAGCGUAGCAAGACAUAUAGGCACGGCAAAGGAAGUUGAUUUCGAAGACGAUGGAAGAGACAAUGAUUUCGACGACGAUGAAGGAGACAUUGAUCAAGUCAGGUACAAUGUCGCGGAGUUAACAGAACAAGGUCAGAGAAUAAUCAUUGCUCGUGGUGGUGAAGGCGGUUUGGGUAGUGUCAGCGCAACGCGUUAUUUAAGAGGCACCAAGUUCGCUAAAACCGCUCGAAGCAAGUUGAGGAGCAUGGAGGAGGACGAUGCUGAAGAUGGUGAUAAUGAACUCACGAGUAUUAAAUCUGGUUCGCUCGGUUCUGAGGCUGUGCUGAUAUUAGAGCUCAAGAGCAUCGCCGACGUUGGGCUUGUAGGGAUGCCGAAUGCCGGGAAAAGCACUCUUCUUGGUGCGUUGUCCCGUGCUAAACCCCGCGUAGGCCAUUACGCGUUCACGACGCUUCGUCCCAAUUUGGGAAACGUAACAGACGAAGACUUCUCCAUGACGGUAGCUGAUAUUCCGGGGCUUAUCAAAGGAGCUCACCAGAACAGAGGGCUAGGCCAUAACUUUCUCCGCCACAUCGAACGGACCAAAGUGUUGGCGUACGUUGUGGAUUUAGCGUCGGGGCUAGACGGCUGCAAGGGAGUGACACCGUGGGAACAGCUGAGGGAUCUGGUGAUGGAGCUGGAGUACCAUGAAGAAGGGUUAUCCGAUAGGUCGUCUUUGAUCGUGGCGAAUAAGAUGGACGAGAAUGGCGCGGAAGAGAGACUGAAAGAACUCGAGAGGAGAGUGAAAGGAGUGAGGAUAUAUCCGGUUUGCGCGGUUCUUGAAGAAGGUGUGGCUGAGCUUAAAGAUGGUCUGAAAAUGCUUGUAAACGGUGACUGUGAGCAAUCGGAGGGACUGAAAUUGGAGAACAUCUGUGUUGACUAGUUUAGUUUUGUAUCUCUUUUUGAGUUAUCUCAUUGGAUCGACCAAUUGAAAUUGUCCUGGAGUCUGGAGAAGGUGGCUCUGGACUCAACUGUUGUGCAAUGAAACAUACUCUCGGUCUCUAUUGUGAUUUUGAAAUCAAGGUCGUUCUUUGUUAUUUUGCCUUAGCAAAAGGUUUACUGAUUUCCACACCAUCUUUUUA